AUGGUUCGAUCGAUGAAAGUCUUGAGAAUAGUCUUGCCAGUCUUUCUCACUGCUCUCCUCCUCUAUCUCCUAUACUUUGGCGAGCCUCCGCUGGAUCUGCCGCUGCUCCUCCGCACUUUCAACAAGCAGUCCCUCGAUGGCCACCACCAAGCAGCUUACGCGAGCACGAUUCUGGGAUGGUUGCGGAGCCCGCCGGGUGACUCUUCGAGCUUAUCGGGCGACCUCGCCCAUGCCCACCUCUCUCCGCCUCCCAUCAAGCUCUCUGCCUCCGAUCGUCCCCCGCGAGUCGAUCGAGGAAUCGGGCCUGGCCACGCGAUCUCUAAGGCGUACAGGAACGCACUCAAGGAUAUCGAGCUCUCCGUAUUCUCUCUGACCCACCAGGAUCCGAUCUUCAGCACCCCGGAAUUCAAGGCGGGCACGAAGGGCGUGCCGGGCACGGCGAUCCGCAGUAACGACGAACGCCGCGCUCUGCAGGCAUGGCUGGAUUGCACGUCCGGCGAGGGCGAAUGGCGAUGGCAGCCGACCCAUGAGGGGCCCGAGCCGCGGGCGAUGACGGUGCACAAGCAGGGGCCACUCGAAGCCAAGUGUGAGCGGGCGUUCUACGAGCGACGAGAUGCCGGGAACCGGUCGAGGGAUGGCUGGGAUGUCCGGCCUUCCCUGAAGUUCGGCUGGCAUCCCUCCUCGCGCUGCGAGGCUCUCCGGCCCAGAAAGCUGGCCACGAACCCGCGACUCUCUCGACGAGCCUUAUGUGGUGCGUUGGCCCACAAAAACACGUUGCUCGUCGGCGAUGUCUCCCAGUACGGCUUGCACGACCUGUUGCUCGAUUGGACCAGCACCAAACAGGCCUCCUGUGCUGGGAACUUGUACUGCAAAAUCCAUCCCAUCUGUUCCGAUUACUUGGACUCGCGGUGGGCCGGUAAUUCGACCCAAUUGGAGGCUGGCGAACUCGAUGCUCAUGUUUACUUCAAGAUCCCCCCUCAACCCUUCCACCAAACUGAUAAUUUCAUCAGCAAUAAGACUCUUCUACUUGGGGAUCCUCGUCCGCCGCCCAUCGUAUCACCACCCACGUACCCCACUGGAAGUCAUACUUUUCUACGCUACAGACGCUCAGAUUCAUUAUGGGGUUCCUCGAGCCCAACAGAUGCGCGAUUCCAACCGAUAUGGUUGCAUCCAAACAAUGGAAUCCGAGAUAUCAACAAUUUUUGGUAUGGAGAUGUGCGCAAGUCAGAUUUGAUCAUCCUCUCGAGACGUCCAUUAGGCCUGCCACGCCGCUCGCAGAUGAGCCGGGCCUUUGUCCAUAACAAGCACUUACCCUCGCACCACUUGGAGUAUCUGCGCAAGCAUUCACGGAGCACGGAGGUUUGGGGGACGGGGCGGGAGUUUAUAGCGAAGGAAGGCUCGGACGGGGUGGCGGCUGCAGUCUCGCUGAUCGGGAUGGCAAUCAAGAUGGUGCUAGAGAUCUGGCUUCCGGAGGUGCUGUUCACGUUGAGUCAGCUCCAGAAGAGUCAUGGCCGGGCAGAGAGAUUGAUCGUCUGGCGCGGCGAAUGGCGCGUCCAUGGGGAUUGUGUCGGCGCUGGAGUUGCUGAUCGGGCGAGGAGCGAAACCGGAUUUGAUUGGGAGCGCUGGUGGGAUGGGCAGCCUUCGACCUCGGGGGAUGGACAUCGGCCCCAUCCACGCCCACCCGGGCUUUUCUCGCUCCUCUUUCCGAGCCGACCGGCUACUUCUCCAGCCACCGAGAACGGGAGCGAGAAGAGGGCGUCCUCUGGUUGGAAAGCCGCCGAUCUCCAGCUCGAUAGUCCUCGGCUGGUCUUCCACAACCUCCAGACCAUCUUCCAAAACCGCCUGAUGAGCAAGCUGGGCCCGGCGUUCGGGAUCCCGUUUCUCGACCUCGAGUCGCAGGCUAGUGUGUGGAGGACGGGCUUGGUGGGCAGUUCGACGCUCUCGGCUGCUCACGGCCAUCCCCGAGGCCCGGCUGAUUGCUUCGACUAUUGCUUCCCUUCUCCUGGGCUGACCCUCGAAGAAUCUUUCUUGGGCGGUCUUCUCAGGAUCCUACAUGUUUCUGGUUCGAAUAAUUCAACUGGGUAA